UACAAUCGGACGGACGCCGUUAAGACGCGUAGCAAAUAGAAAUCAUUCACAGAGGGUCUCUGUUUGCUAGAACGUCUGCAAAUUACAUGCACACAAUUUCGCUUUAUGUUUAUACACACACACAGUAUACUAUUUAGGUGCUGAGCUCUAAGGGUUGGCUGUCUCCUAUUCACCUCGGGGGUAACAGGGAGAGGGGCAGUGUUUACAGAUACUUUUGUGGGUAAUCUGUCCAAAAUCGGUUCAAUAAUAAAACUUAGUGACAAGUGUUCUGAGGGGCUGUACUUCGAUGAUAGGAAUUCUAGUUCGCCUGCUGGAGAUAGAUAAAUUGUCUUCUGUUUUCUACUAUUAUAAUGGUUCUAAAUUGCAAAUGUCGAUUUAUUGGAAUCAGCACAGUGUGUGACUAUUUACAUUUCACAGCGCAUUGUUAUUAAAGAUCAGUGUGCUUGAAAAAUACCAGUGCUCACUGACAUAAUGGCCCCUAAAGACAUCAUGACAAACUCCCAUGCCAAGUCAAUACUAAACACCAUGAAUUCUCUACGGAAAAGCCAGACAUUAUGUGAUGUGACGUUGCGUGUUAAUCUAAAGGAUUUUCCUGCUCACCGCAUUGUGUUAGCUGCUUGUAGUGAUUAUUUUUGUGCCAUGUUCACCAAUGAGCUCUCUGAGAAGGGCAAACCAUACGUGGAUAUACAGGGACUAACAUCAUCCACCAUGGAGAUCCUUCUUGACUUUGUAUACACUGAGACUGUCCAUGUAACAGUGGAGAACGUGCAGGAACUACUGCCUGCUGCCUGCUUGCUGCAGUUGAAAGGUGUCAAGCAGGCAUGCUGUGACUUUUUGGAAUCUCAGCUUGAUCCAUCUAAUUGUUUGGGUAUACGGGACUUUGCAGAGACCCAUAAUUGUCUAGAAUUAAUGCAGGCUGCUGAGGUUUAUAGCCAGAAGCACUUCCCAGAGGUUGUACAACAUGAAGAGUUUAUGCUUUUGCAUCAGGAGGAGGUGGAGAAACUAAUACACUGUGAUGAAAUUCAGAUCAACUCAGAGGAACCUGUAUUUGAAGCGGUUAUAAACUGGGUAAAACACAACAGACAUGAGCGAGAGAAAUCUCUUCCACAGCUUCUUCAGUAUGUACGCAUGCCACUUCUAACCCCACGCUACAUUACAGAUGUCAUUGAUGCAGAGCCACUGAUCCGAUGCAGUUUACAGUGCAGAGACUUAGUAGACGAAGCAAAAAAAUUUCACCUACGUCCUGAGUUAAGAAGUCAGAUGCAGGGACCCAGAACCCGAGUGCGCCUGGGUGCUAAUGAAGUACUUCUUGUUAUUGGGGGGUUUGGCAGCCAACAGUCUCCUAUAGACAUAGUCGAAAAGUAUGACCCCAAGACCCAGGAGUGGAGUGUUCUUCCUAGCAUAACACGUAAACGUCGUUACGUGGCUACUGUGUCCCUUGGAGACCGCGUAUAUGUGAUUGGAGGAUAUGAUGGAAGAUCCAGGCUAAGUUCAGUGGAGUGUUUGGAUUACACCUCGGAAGAGGAUGGUGUUUGGUAUUCUGUGGCACCCAUGAAUGUCAGACGGGGAUUAGCAGGUGCCACCACACUUGGAGACAUGAUUUAUGUGUCUGGUGGUUUUGAUGGAAGUCGACGUCACACAAGCAUGGAGCGUUAUGACCCCAAUAUUGAUCAGUGGAGCAUGCUUGGUGAUAUGCAGACGGCACGUGAAGGGGCAGGACUUGUUGUCGCCAAUGGAGUCAUAUAUUGCUUAGGUGGUUACGAUGGGUUAAACAUUCUCAGCUCUGUGGAAAGAUAUGACCCUCACACUGGCCACUGGAGCCAUGUGACACCUAUGGCAACAAAACGAUCAGGUGCUGGUGUGUCGCUUUUGAAUGAUCACAUUUAUGUGGUGGGGGGCUUUGAUGGCACUGCACACCUUUCUUCUGUUGAAGCUUACAACAUUCGGACAGAUUCCUGGACCACAAUGACCAGCAUGACCACACCCCGCUGCUAUGUGGGAGCUACUGUUCUAAGAGGCAGGCUGUAUGCUAUAGCUGGCUAUGAUGGGAACUCUCUUCUGAAUAGUGUUGAAUGUUAUGAUCCUCUUAUUGACAGCUGGGCUGUAGUUACAUCUAUGGCUACUCAGAGAUGUGAUGCUGGUGUUUGCGUUCUCCGGGAGAAGUGAUCACAGGUGUUUGAUUCAGACAAAAGCUGCUUGUUUUUGCAUGCCACACAAGAUGUAAAAGAAAAAUAUUCAUAAAAUUAAGUAUUAUCCUUCUUUAUGGUUUGCAGAAAUGGAUAAAAUAAGUACAAAAUGCAUGCCAUAAUAGGGAAGGUUGCCUAAAUCUGUGAAAGACUUCUGUCACCAGCAGUACUGUGAAACCUGUAUGUUAUGAGUGAAUGGGAAAUUGAAAAUCUUUUAUGCAUUAUGCGUGUCCAUCUUUUUGUUUUUAUGCAAAUAUGUGUGGCUUUGUGGUGCAAAUAAUUACUUCACCAACAACAUUAAGGCAAAUUAUUAGAGUGCCAAGUUAGAAGACAAUGCCACUAACCUUACAGAGCCAUACUGCUUAUUGCUAUAUCUCAUCUGUGCCUUAAAUCUGACAGCACAUUUUUAUGUAUUAUUUGUAUAAUUUCUACGUCCUAAAGUACGUUUCAAAGAAUAACUGAAUUAAUUACAGUAUGAGACAUUGUCCAGUUCUCACACAAGCUGUAUUUUGGUUAUAGAUCACACAUGACUAUAUCUCGCUUUGAAACCUGAGGUGGAUCUGUCUUUCCCAGUAUAUGAUUAACAAUAGAUGCACAUAAUCUGUAGCUGUAGUGUAUUAAAUGUUUUUUUUCCCACUGUAUGAAAAUUAUACAUUCUGUCAGUGUAUGGUUAAAAUGUUUUAAUUGUACAAACACCUGAUACAAUUCCCUAUAUGCACUUGCCUUAGUCUGAAAAGCUUGGUCUUUUAUUUAAAAAAAUACCUAUACUUUAUAUUAAUAGAAGUUUCUGACCCGUCACAAAAGUGUAUAACUUUUUAAUGCACUUUAAGUCUUUGAUUGGGCAGGAGAUACAAAUUUGUAGACACCAGAGCAGAUAUACUGCAACAGAAAUAGGACUUCUGCUUCAAAUAAAACAGAUGCAAUCUUUCAGAAGUCUGACCUGAUAUUUUGUCAGUUAAGAAAAUUACUGUGCCAAUAUACAGCUAUAGAAUCAUGAAUGUCUCUUUAAUUGAACCUGCAAUCAUAUUAAUAGCAGACAGUUUCUGAUAUAAGAAUAUGCAAACAAAUUUCCCUGUGUAUAGCAAUGUAUAGUACACAACUUUAAGAUUUUAGGGUGGAGGGAACUGUUGACAAACAUCUAGAGAGCUGCAGAAUGGAUAUUUGUGUGCUAGGUCAGGUACUGCAUGUAAAACAAAACUUGCACUGCUUUUCUGCAUCUUCAAAAUUACAGCAGAAAUAAGUCUGUUCCUUUAACUCUUUAGAUGCUACCUGACAAAAUCUGCAGCAGUAACACAAGUGCUGGAGCCUUAGAUUCUACCUUUCCUUUUGAUAUAUUCUGCAAGGCUUAUUAAGUGGUAACAUGCAGUGCAGCAAGAUCAAAAGAGCCCAUCACUUAAAGGGUUAACAAAUAUUCCAGACCAAACGAAAUACUCCAGCACACGUUUUCUGCUUAAGGGUUAAUACCCGUGUUUAAUGUCAAGCCAAAAAAGGUUACAACCUUUAUAACCUUUUUUGGCUUGACCUUAAACAUGGAUAUUAACCCUUAAGCAGAAAACGUGUGCUGGAGUAUUUCGUUUGGUCUGAAUGGUGGAGGUACCGUCCUCCUAUGCCCCAAGCACUGUGCAUGAUAUUGAGAGACUAGGUGUGCACCUGCAACCUUUUGCUGAUGAACAAAUAUUCCAGUCUUCUUUUUAGUGAGCACUUUACAACACCAAACAUCCACUGGGGAUUACAGAUGUUCUCUAAAAUUUGUUUCGUAGACUCAGUCUUGCCCAUCUAUACUUAUGCUGUACCCUUACUUGAUGAAUAUGGCAGUCUGAUGUACUUUGACAGUGUUUUACGUACACAUACUGUAUAUAUGUAAAAUGAUGUGUGAUAUAUGUGCAUAUGUAUAUAUGAUCUGAUUAUGUUGUUGAUUAUGUUGUUGAUUAAAAUGUCGUUUGUGUAAAUGUGAUCCAAGUGCAGUUACCUGCAACGCUGUGAAGACCAUUUAUGUCUUGGAAAGAGCUAUGAACUUUUAGUGGGAAAAUUCAGUUAAAUACAAACAUUAACUAUCAUAUUUUCUGUCGUUACUCUUGACUUGUUUGACCACUGUUCAAUUGGUAUACUGAAAUUUAAAUAAAUGGAAUCC